AAAAUGUUGUUAAGUGUGCUCUUGGUGGUUGUCGUCAUACUCCACGAGAUUCCUGCGCAGGGAAUAAACGAAGACUUGGUAAUAACUUUGGAACAAAAAGAAAAAUUGGACGAGGGUUUCACAAGCUGAAAUAUGAUAAUCUAUGAAAUACAAUUAUUUAUUUAAGUCCAGUACUCAAGACAAUUAUUGGCGUGAAAAGUUUAGAGAAAUUAUGGAACCCAAGUUGCCUCAUGACUACAUGAAGAUGGACAUAUAUCUUAUCCGGUGGCUGAAAGCACGAGACUUUGAUAUUCCUGCCGCUACCCGCAUGCUGCGAGAGAAUCUCCACUGGCGUGAAGAAAACGGAAUGGACAGCAUAUUGGACGAAGAUUGGACCGAGUUUAACACCCAGUAUCGUUUCAACCUGGAAGGCUGCGAUGAUAACGGUGCUCCAGUUGCCGUGCUAUUCGUGGGUGAGUGGGACAUGCGCAGGGCCGCCUUGGCCGGACAGUCAGACAAAAUGCGGCGCUUCAUUGACAAGUUGUUUGAAGAGGUGACCACGGUUUUAAGAACUCAACAAACUCGUGGGUACAACGCGACGAGGGUGAACAUCAUUUUGGACGCGGCUUCGCUCAGUUUCCAAGUUCAGGCUUGUCCCCGGUGUAUUCCGUUCUAUAUUUACCUCGUGCAAACACUUGGGGCCCACUUCCCAAAUACAGUCAACGUUUGUCUCGUCGUCAACACUCCGGACAUUGCGGUCCCACUCUGGAACAACAUUAUCAAGCCUGUCGCACCUCCAGAUGUUCGGAAGCUGGUGGACGUCUACGGAAGGAAGAGGAGUGUAUGGCGGGAAGCUUUGUUGACCAAGUAUGGCAUCGAUUGGACUAAAAUGAGUCACGACAUGGGCGGGGAUGGACCUGACCCCGUCGAUUCGAAUGAUCUCAGAAAGAAUGGAUAUUUGUACGAGUGUCCAGAAUUAAAAUAAAUUUAAUAUGUCACAUUGUUUUUAUUCGUAAGUAAAUUCUUAUGAGGUGUGUGAGUUGUAAAUUCACGUUGGUUAAUUUAUGAGUGUGUGUAUGUUAAGUGUAGCGCAACUUGAAUUAGUGUGCACCAGUUUCUUAGCAUAAAGCUCUAUGGUUGUGUAAAUGAUUUCGUAGUUAACUUCAAUUGGUUAAUUUUAUAUUAAUAUUAACUGGUUUAUUUAUGUUUCAAUUAAUUAGUACAUACAAACUGUGUAUGAUACUAUUUCUAUUAGUUGAUUUGGGGUAAUGUGAUACAACUAUUUCUGAUAGGUAACUUGAUACAACUACUUUGAUGGGUAAUUUGAUACAAGUAAUUUGCAAUCUCAAUUUCCCAUUUGGGGCAAUCUGAGAUUUGCGAUUCACUCUUGUGCAGAACAACCCUCUGUUACAAAAAGAUUAAAUGGGCGUUACGCGGGCUUUGGUCCGUGGCUAGCUUUAUACUGCA